GCAAGAAGAAGCUAUAAAAAUCAGCGCCUGCGCCGGGAAGUAAAUUCAAAUUGAUUUGAAGGAAAACGAACUUCCCGCGUCGCUUUUUGUAGCGCUAUGAAUACGCCCGGCAUGAGUCUGUUUCAGGGCGCCGACACCCUCAACGUAAACUCCACGCUGGAUCGCCAGGAGGAGGAAGAGGCGCUACAGGAUCAGAAGCGACGCGAUGAGGAGCUGGGGCACCUGCUGGAGAACGCCUUCGACGACCUGGAUGAUGAGGAGAACACAAUCGACUCGACGACGAAUUCCCACUCCGAAUUGCCGCCGCCCCGUCAGCCGCUGGCUGCUCUGAACAACUAUUCGCCGCACUCACACGCGCCAGUGCUCCAGAAGAACCAGCAGCAGCAGCAGCAGCAUCAUGCAAACGAGAUGCACCGCAUGAAGAUGAUGGUAGAAUCCAAGACCAAAGAGUUGGAAAACGUCAAUCAAAUGGCCACCUCUGCGCACAAGCAACUUGAUGAGUUCCAGAAGCGACUGACCAUUAUGAAGGCGGAACUGGACCGCGCUCUGCGCGAGAAGCAGAACACUCACGAGCUGCUCGUAGAGACCAAGGAGCGGUGUUCCAACCAGGAGAGUGGCCUUGAGAAGUUGCGCGCCGAGAAGAAGCAACUAGAAGAGGACAACACGCGGCUGGUAGGCCAGUUGGAGAUCACUAGAACGAUGCUGUCGGAUGUACAGUGCAAAUAUGACAUGGUGCAGCGGGAGACGCACAAGCGCGAGGAGCGCAACGCCGAGUUGCGGGUCCGCCAAAUGGAGGAUGCGCACCGCGCUCAGUGCGAGCUCCUGCAGCAACAGCUCAGUCAACUGACUGAUCAGCUCGAUCGCAAGAAGAUGGAUCUCGAGCAGAUGCAUUCGCGCUAUAAUGCCCUGCAAUCGGGCCAUGAAACCAUGUUGGCCGACAAGGCGGCCAAGAUAAAUGAGCUGAACCAGGCUCUGGAUGUGGCCCAAAUGCGUUGCAAACAAGUGAACAGCAGGGCUGACCUGGAGGCGGAGGUCCAACGUCAGCAGCGAUGCAUUGCUGAGCAGAAGGCUCGCAUCGUGGAGCUGGAGCAAACGAUCGCUGUACUCAACGAGCGGGUUACCGGAACUACGGCGGAGCUGGACUUAAUGGACACCCUUUUGCAGCAGCAUCACGCCGACGAGUCGCCAACGGGAAGGCUCAGUCAGGUGGGUGGGUCCCGGCUUAUUGGCAGCACGCCCCUGAACCCCGUGGACAGGGUCAACCACAUUAAACAAGAGCUGUACCGGGCGCUGGGCAAUCUCAAAAGCAAGCGGGAGGAGGUGCGUCGGUUGGAGAAGCAGCUGGAGGAGCGCAACCAAGAGCUGCGCCUGCACCGCGAACAGGAAAAUAAGUCACUAGUCCAACUUGCUACCUUGAAGGAGGAAAAAAUGCGUCUAGAUAACAAAGUUAAGGUCAUGCAGCAGGAGCUGGAGGAGCAGCAGCACCGAUCCCAGCAGGACUCCAGGGUGCAGAGCCAGCUGGACGACCUGAUGAUGGAGAGGGAUUCUCUUAAGAAGGAAUGCCAGCAAGUUGAUGAGCAACUCAAGACCAUGGAGAGGGAUAUGGAUCAACUGAAGCAGCAGUGUGAGAGCCUCCAGAGGAACAACGAAGAGCUGACGACGGAUAAUAUGCAGCUGAGAGCACGACCCAUCGCUGACGAUGUGCGUCUGGAAUUGGAGCGCCACAAAAUUUUAUUGAAGGAUGCCCAGAGUGAGGUGGAGCGGCUCAAGAAACUGUAUACCGACAUCGCCACUGACAAGGAGUCGCUGGACUACGAAUUAAGGAAGCUAAGGGAAGUUGACACGCUUAAGGAGCUGCAGGAGCAUCGUCAGAAACUUGCCACUGCCCAACGCAAUUUACAGCUGGCGGAGCUCAAGUCUCAGGAGCUGAGUAAGCUUUUAGAAACGGCGAAACUCGGCCACGAGCGAGAUAUCCAGGCGCUGCGCCAGAAAAGCGAGCGGGACAAGCGCGAAGAGGCCGCCAACAAGGAGAACUCCGGCAAUUGCAGCAAAUGCCUAGAAAGUCUGGCAGAAAUCACAAAGGCUGAAAUCCGUAUGUUGAAGCUCCAAAAUGUCAACUCAAUGCAGGCCAAGGAACUUAAGGAAUUGGAGCAGGAAGUGGAACAGGCCAAGGCUCUGCAGAGCGAGAUGCAGGCGAAAGUUGAACAGUCGGUGAAGCAGGAGGGACUCAUUAAUGACCUAAAGGAGAAGGUUAAGCAGUUUGAGGCCUACAUUGCCCAGCAGGAGGAGUGUCUGCAGCAGAGGACCCACUCUAGUCCCAAGCCGGCUUCAGACUCGCCUCCGACUUCCGGCUCUCCACCAGAGCUUACCCAGGAGCGAAUAAGGCGCAUAGAGCAGCGCGUGCGCGAUGAGAUGGCGAAACUGUUUGCUGCUGAGCUAAAGAAGUUCACCGGUCGGCUGCAACAAUUGGAGGAGCGCAAUCAGUGCCUUCAGCGCGAGUACCAAGCUGUGUGCACUGAGCUGCAGCAGCGCCAAACUGAAGUGGAUCUUCUGAAACAAACCAUAUUGGCCGAGCGCGAGAACAUCCAGGAGCUGCUUAUUGCCAAGGAUGAUAAGCAGAAAGUAAUAAUGGAAAAGUGCCGCCAGGAACUGCAUGCGAAAAACGAACGCAUUGCGAAAAUAGUUCGCGAAUUCAACGAACACCAAGCCAGCAUCGAAUCCGAGCGACAGUCCAUGAAGGCAGUGAUGGCCCAGUGGGAGGAGCAACGAAAGAGCGUCGACCAGGUGGAGAACCACUGGCGCCAGCAGCUGGAAUCGCUGCGCACCACCCACGAGGAGGCGAUGAAAGCCGCCCAGCAGCGUUACCAAAGCGCCAAGCGUACCGCUCACAACUACAAGCUCUACGCCGAAGACAAGGAAGCGCACAUGAAGCGCGAGUAUGAGCGCAUAAAGAACGAGUACGAUCUGUCUCUGGCCAAGAUCGAGGCGACCAUGAACCAGCACUUGGAGCGCCAGAGUCGCGAGCGGCUACGCGAGAAGGAGAACGAGCAGCCCAGCAAUAGCACCACCAGCCAUCCUAGCAGAAAGUCAAAUGGUAACCACAACGGCAAAAGCAAAAGCACUGGCAACACUAAGAGCCAGGCCAUUUAGUAUUAUGCAUAUAGCUCUCGUUAAGGGAAUUAUUGUUAUAUUGUUCCUUCGUACAUUCCUCCAAAGCUCCUUCCAUGAUUCUUUGUACUUUUAUCUAUCGUCUUAGUUUAAACAACAACUUCAUUAAAAAAAAUCUAAAAUUA